UACAAUUUGUAAGUUACAGUGUGCAUAAGCAUGGCCUGGAGCCAUGAGGACAAGAAGUCAGAAUAUUUUUUCUAUUUUAUUGGUUUUGUCUCUCAUAUUUAAUGUUGACUCAUUAUUAUAUAUUUUCAGAGAGUUUGUGAAGAAAGCUCUCUAUGACAAAAAGCAAUGGCCGAAGGAAAGAGAAGUCUUAUGCUUUGCUGCAAUCUGUUUUCAGUUCUGCUUCUUCUUCUUGCAGAAGUACUUCAUUUUCCAGUGUGUGUUGAGGCUGCAGGUUCACCUGUUAAGUUUCUUCCAGGAUUCCAAGGGCCACUUCCUUUUGAACUUGAAACUGGGUACAUAGGAGUGGGUGAUUCAAAUGAUGUGCAACUAUUCUACUACUUCAUUAAGUCUGAGUCUAAUCCAAAAUCAGACCCUCUUAUUCUAUGGCUAACUGGAGGCCCUGGCUGCUCUGCUUUAUCUGGCCUUCUCUUUGAGAUAGGUCCAAUAACAUUUCAGCCUGUCGAGUACGGUGCUUUUAAGCCAGCAGAAUAUAAUGGUAGCUUCCCUUCACUGGUCUUGAAUCCCCAUACAUGGACAAAGAUUGCAAGCUUUAUAUUCUUAGAUCUUCCAGUUGGUACUGGUUUUUCCUAUGCAAGAACUUCAGCGGCUCACCAAUCCGAUGAUCUACAAGCUAGUGAUCAUGCAUAUCAGUUUCUUCAGAAGUGGUUCAAUGAUCACCCAGAAUUCUUAAGAAAUCCGUUUUAUAUGGCUGGGGACUCCUAUUCUGGAAUAUCCGUACCAAUCAUUUCUCAACUCAUAGCAAAUGGAAAUGAAAAGGGACUUGAGCCUUUUAUUAAUCUUAAGGGAUAUUUUCUGGGAAAUCCAUCGACAUUUCAAGGUGAAUUCAACUACAGGAUCCCAUAUGCUCAUGGAAUGGGACUUAUUUCUGAUGAACUUUUCGAGUCCUUGAAGAGAAAUUGUAAAGGAGAGUAUUUUGAUUUACAUCUUAGCAACACACAAUGUUUGAAUGAUCGUCAGACUUAUGAUCAGAUGGUGGAAGGACUAGAACCUGGGCAAAUUUUGGAGCCCAACUGUGAGUUUGGUUCACUGAGGCCACAAAAAUGGUUUGGCGAAAGAAGGUCUCUAGAUGAGAUGCUAUAUGCUGGACGACUAAGAUGUCGAUUUGACUGGGAAAAGCUCUCUUACCAUUGGGCUGAUGAUGACAAAGUAAGAGAGGCCCUCCAUGUUCGAAGAGGUAGUAUUGGAAAAUGGAAGCGAUGCGCUGAGGAUGAUUUGCAUUUCCAAAAGAUAGUACAUAGCAGCAUUCCAUAUCAUGCAAAUCUCAGUGUCAAAGGCUAUAGGUCCUUAAUAUACAGUGGUGAUCAUGACAUGAUGAUCCCUUAUAUAUCAACCAAAGCUUGGAUAAGAUCUCUUAACUGCUCUAUUGUUGAUGAUUGGCGACCAUGGAUUGUUGAUAGUCAAGUUGCAGGGUAUACAAGAACAUAUUCAAAUAAAAUGACAUUUGCCACAGUGAAGGGAGGAGGACAUACAGCUCCAGAGUACAAGCCUGUUGAAUGUCUAGCCAUGCUGAGAAGAUGGUUAUCUUAUCAGCCUCUCUGAUCAAAAGUAGCUGAUAAAUAUCAAAUGUCGAAACUGAUAAGUAAUUACGUGUUUGGAUACAAGUGUUAAAAAGUUUGCUAAUACGCGAACAUGAAGACAGUUUCUUGGUUGAACAAGAGCAGGUCCAUAAUAUUACUAGUUUCUGAAAGCCAAAUUUUAAUAAGAGGCCUUAAUUUAUACAAUAAUGCGCUUGCAUAACUUAUUCAAUCUGUAAUACAGACAAAUUUCUAUGUUAUCAGUAUAAGUACUAUUUUAUUGUUCUGCAGACC